AUGUUCCAACCCUACAAUCUUACGCCAUUGGACAAUUUUUCGCCUCCGGGGCACUUUACUGUAUCUCUCGAAUUUAGUUUGAUUGACAAGAAUCAUGCGCAAGUCCUUCAGCGAAUGGAGGAUGCGAUUGCUCGUGUGGCCUCCAUAUUUCCCUUCCUGACUGGGAUGUUGAUACCAUCUACCCUGCGAGACGGUAUAAGCAACGCACUUCAGGUGCGACCUUCUACUGCUGCCGAGCUUGAAAAAUACCCUAUUCUGGUCAUUAAACACCAUCCAGAGCCCACUGCUCUCAACGUGGACGGGAAGUUCAACCCUGCCUUGUUGCCUUUCCCAAUCAUCUACCCACCACACAAUCCUUCACCCGUGUUACGCGUAAAGGCCAACGUGAUUGGAGACGAGUUACUCCUAGUUGUAUCCUUUGACCACCGAGUAAUCGACGGGUCCGGGACCUUCCGUUUGAUCGCUAUUUUCAAUGCGUUUUGCUGUGAUCUGGAUUCCCAGGGGCCAUUCCCAAACGCACAGAUGCAAGAAGAAACAAGGAAGCACAUCGAGAAAGUUGCAUUUACAGCCACACCGAAGGAUCUUAUAUGGACAACCUUUCCUUCCCAAGCAGGCGAAGAAGAAAUAUCCAUGGAUUCUAGUCAAGUGCCCGUCACUUUUCCUCAUCUACUCGAUGCCGAAAAGAUCAAAAUGUUGCACGAGGCCUGCAAUUCAGCCCUGCAGUCUGUUCCCGAGAAAUACAGGAAGGAUAUCCCCGGGCUGUCCCUUUCGCCGGAUCUGAUCGUCAUCGCGCUGGUGAGCAUAUGUAGCAGUCGCGCCCGCUUGCAGGCUUUCCCCGAUAAAAAGGAACUCUCAGCAGCGAUGUUUAUGGUGGAAAAUCUCCGAAAGCCACUCGAUUUGCAUCGAGGAUAUAUCGGCAAUACCAUUGUGGGAAACCAAAGUUCGUCUGAUGGCUCUGCGCCUCCUCCCCCUGAAGUCUUGCAAAACAUUCAUGUGCCAGAGUCUCUCAGUUCGGUGGGACCAGAAGAUAUCUGGCGGCUCUGUAACGUAGCCCAGACUCUUCAGGAAAACUCCGGACGUCUGGACAAAGAGUAUGCAGAGGGCAUGCUCGCAACAAUGGCCCGCGAACGUGAUUGGGCUUCGUUCCGACCCGGUUGGGGGGUGGAUUUCCUUGUCUCUAACAUCAAAUCGGCAAAGCCUUAUUCCAAGAACUUUGGGCCACUUGGAGAACUUAAAUUAUUCUUUGUCUCCAACCCCAUGCUGGAGGUUGCGAUGGAUUUUGGAACGGGCCGCGACGGAGCGUUUGUCAAGCGAUACCCUCUUGAAGUGGGCUUCGAUUCCUACUAUAGUCGGUAG